AAUCAAACAUUCUAAGCAUAAUAAGAAUGUUUGAACUGUGAUUGGUUGAUUUACUUACGGCUUUACGAUUAUGACUAAAAUUUUUUAAGGUGCAAUGGCCUUUACUGAUAUCUGAUAUCUUUACUGAUAUACUGAUUAUUGUUGAAGGAAUAUUGUGAGUGUUUAUUACUUAUGUACAUUCGAGAAAAAUACCAUUUUACAACGAUAAGAGUGGAUACAUCGGAUACUGAGCUGAUCAGCUGUCAGUUACAUUAGCAUUAUAGUUUCGGCUAUUGUGUUUGGUUGAGCACAGUGUAUUACGAUUAUUUAACAGUCAUGGAAUUACCAUCGGCAUUGAAAACGUUAUUUAAAUAUAUAGAUGAACAUAAGCAGGAAUAUAUAAAUAAUUUGAAAGAAGCAGUAGCUAUUAAAUCUGUAUCAGCAUGGCCAGAUCACAGAGACGAAAUAAUAAAAAUGAUGAAAUUGGCAGAGAUGAAAUUGAAAAAUCUUGGAGCAACUACAGAAUUGGUUGACGUAGGCAAACAAACUCUUCCUGAUGGUAGUGAAAUUCCGCUUCCUCCUGUACUACUUGGCGAUCUUGGGUCUGAUCCAAAAAAGAAAACUGUGCUUUUGUACGGACAUUUGGAUGUACAACCAGCACUAAAAGAAGAUGGCUGGGAUACUGAACCUUUUAUUCUUACUGAAAGAGAUGGAAAACUUUUUGGACGAGGUAGUACUGAUGAUAAAGGGCCAGUUCUUUGUUGGAUACAUGCAUUACAAGCUUACAAAGCAAUUGGAAUUGAUAUUCCUGUUAAUCUUAAGUUUGUCUUUGAAGGAAUGGAAGAAAGUGGAAGUGAAGGUUUAGAUGAACUCCUUUGGGCAAAGAAAGACAGCUUCUUAAAGAAUGUAGAUUAUGUCUGUAUAUCUGAUAACUAUUGGCUGGGUACUAAAAAACCAUGUAUUACUUAUGGCCUGCGAGGUAUCUGCUACUUCUUCAUAGAAGUCACUUGUGCUGCCAAGGAUUUGCACAGUGGUACCUUUGGUGGAUGUGUACAUGAAGCUAUGGCAGAUUUGAUUUACUUAAUGAAUACCUUGGUUGAUGUUAAUGGUCACAUUCUAGUAGAUGGGAUUUAUGAUAGCGUGGCUAAAAUAACUAAAGCUGAAUUGGCCAGUUAUAACGAUAUAGAUUUUGAUGUCGAUGAAUUUAAGGAAACAGUUGGAACUAAGCAACUGUUACAUAAAGAGGAUAAGAUUAAACUUUUAAUGCAUCGUUGGAGACAACCUAGUCUAUCUCUUCAUGGGAUACAAGGUGCUUUUAGUGAGGCAGGAGCGAAAACAGUAAUUCCGAGUAAGGUUAUUGGCAAAUUUUCAAUCAGGAUAGUACCUCACAUGACUCCAGAGGAAACAACCGAGAAAGUAAUUGCAUACAUCAAUAAAAAAUGGCAAGCCCGAGGUAGCCCGAAUAUCAUGAAUGUGACAAUGUACCACGGUGGAAAACCGUGGUCCGAGAAUCCCGAACAUCCGAAUUACGUGGCCGGCCGCAGAGCUACUCAACAUGUUUACAAAGUAGAACCAGACCUCUCUCGCGAAGGAGGGUCAAUUCCAGUUACCCUCACAUUCCAGGAAGUUACUGGUAAAAAUGUAGUUCUCAUACCAGUCGGACAGGGUGAUGAUGGUGCGCAUUCUCAAAACGAAAAAUUGAAUGUACAUAACUACAUCCAAGGGACAAAACUACUUGGAGCUUAUUUAUAUGAGGUGGCUCAAGUAUAAUAUUUUGUUUUUGAAAUGUGUUUGUUAACACAUUGUUGACCGGUCACGAGUUAACUCAUGUUUUCAUGCCCAAACGUUGUUGACCGCUCACGAGUUAACUCGUG